ACCACGCGCAUCACACAACGCGCGCAACUCACACCGUCCCAUGGACUGACCAGUGAGCCAUUGCGACAGCCGACAUGACGCAGACCAAGGACAGCGUGCCGCCGGCAGCGGCGCCAGCGGUGGAGGCGGCAACGGCACCAGCGCCGGCGCCUCCAUCGUCGAGUAACGCCCCCGCCUCCGACGAAGCAACGCACGAGGACAAGGACGAGGCAGCCGCCGCGUGGGCCGAGACGAGCACGGCCGAGCCCGCAGCGCCCACCGCGGCCGACGAGGCCGACGAAGCCGACCCAGCAGCGCAGGCCACCGCGGCCCUAACGGCCGCGUACGACAACGUCGCGUCGGCGUUCGCGAUCGCGCAGGCCGAGUGGGCGACGCAGUAUCGCGGGAUGACGACCGAGCUGUCUGGUCUCGGGGCGGACCUGUCCCGCGAAGCUGGGACAAUGGGGCGCGAGCUCGCGAAGGAGUACGAGGGCGUCCGCGGGGCGCUUGGCGCCACCGCGGGGAAAGUGCAGAGCGACGUCGCGGCCCAGGUUGCGGGGGUGCGGGGUGAGGUGCUCGCUGGCUGGCGGCUGCUCUCGAGCAGCCUGUUCGGCGCGCGGGCCGGCGCUGGUGCUGGCGGCACCGAGACGCCCACCGAGGACUUUUGCGGCGUCGGCGUGUUCGACACCGAGGGCGUGAGCCACGUGCCUACGACUGUUGUGGCUGGUACGCCGCUGCCCCCGCAGCGCGCUACGGCCCCGGCGCCAGCCACUGCACCCCGCGCACCGCCGGCCGUCGCGGACGGCGAGUUUGAUGGCGGCGUGGGCUUCUUCGACACGGAGGGCAGCGCGACGCCCGUCCCUGCUGCUGCGCCGCCGUCGUACGACGAGGUGGUCAGGGCGGCGUAGGCGUAAAGCGACUCGGAGUAAAAGCUUGUUGUGCAGUGUAGUAGACUUGUUCGGUUGUUUCUUUGGUUAUGCUACGUUGGUUGUCCUGG